AACGCAAUUUCAUUUUGACAAUUCAGUUAAUUCAGAGCUUCCUUUGAGACUGGUUCAAUAUGGUUAAAAUUAAAGUCAAAGAAGGAUUUCUUGAGGGAGAACUUACAGAAAGUGAACUGGGAGGGAAUUACUAUGCGUUCAGAGGGAUCCCUUAUGCCGAACCACCUAUUGGAGAUCUCCGUUUUAAGGCGCCUGUACCCAAGAAACCAUGGGAUGGAAUCCGAAAUGCAAAAGAAUUUGGAUCUAUUUGUUAUCAGUUUGAAAUAAAGAAUGAGGGAGGCUUAAUACGUAUUGGUUCUGAAGAUUGUUUGUAUUUGAACGUUUAUACUCCAGAUAUUAAACCGAAAUAUCCUUUUCCAGUUAUGUUUUACAUACAUGGUGGUGGCCUAAUAAUAGGGAAUGGCAAUGAUGAUAUGUACGGUCCUGAAUUCUUAGUACGACAUGGUGUAAUACUAGUUACAAUCAAUUAUAGACUAGAAGUUCUAGGCUUCUUAUGUCUAGACACUGAAGAGGUUCCAGGUAACGCUGGCAUGAAGGAUCAAGUAAUGGCACUGAGAUGGGUCAAUGACAACAUUGCCAACUUCGGUGGUGAUCCGAAAAACAUUACAAUUUUUGGUAAUAGCUAUGGUGCUAUCAGCGUCAAUUUUCAUUUAAUAUCGCCUAUGUCAAAAGGUCUCUUUCAGCGAGCUAUUGUGCAAAGUGGCUCUUUGACUUGUCCCUUUGUUAAAAUAGUUCAACCGCGGGAAAGAGCAAUCGCACUAGCUAGAAGGUUAGGAUUUCGUUCUGAAGGUGACAAAGAACUUUAUGAGUUUUUUAAACGGCAACCAAAGGAAACAUUAAUUAAAAUUAAAUUUCCUAUCACAUAUUAUGAACAAGGAAAGGAACAGUACGAUACACUUUUUGGAAUCGUAGAGGAAAAGGAGUUCGCCAACAACGAAUGUUUCAUUUCUGGAGAUUUUGUUGAAAACCUCCGUAACGGAAUACACGAGGGUAUCGAGAUUAUUAUGGGAUAUACUGACGAUGAAGGUCUUAUAUCUUUACGAUCAAGACAAAUAGAGAAAACUUUUGAAUAUGCAAAUGAAUUUCUUCAAUUUUACGUUCCUAAUGCAAUAGCACACAGCUGUUCUUUAGACAAACAAUUCGAAGUGGGACGACGAGUGAAAGAUUACUAUUUUGGAAAUGAGACCGUUUCAAUGAAAGAUUUGAAGAAACUGAUAAUUUUUUUUUCUUUAAACUACUUUACGUAUCCUAUGUUUCAAUUAGCAAAAAGUUGUUCGAGGAAAAACAAAGUUUAUUUCUAUAAAUUCACUGGUAAAACUGAAAGAAAUAUUAUGGCUCGUAUUUUAAAACUGGAAUAUCUUAUCAAUAAUGAAAUACUGACGUGUCAUUGCGAUGAAUUAACUUAUAUUUUUCCAAUGAAGAAAGAUUACCUGAAAAUUGACAAAAACUCGAAAAGCUAUAAGAUAAUUGAAAAUAUAACAAAACUUUGGACUGAUUUUGCCAAAAAUGGAAAUCCAACAUCAAGUUUUGGUUUCGAAUGGACUCCGUAUAACUCAGUUGAACAAGCUUACUUAGAAAUCAAUGAAAACUUAACGAUGGGACGUGAACCUGACAAAACAGAGGUGGAUUUCUGGGAAAACAUUUACAGAGAAUAUUUGCCAUCCUCUAUACCUUAUUAA